CACCCAAGUCUCCCGCUGCGCGCCUUUCCUAGCGCACACUUGCGACUACCGGCAGAUCGGCCACUUGCCUUCGUCUCCGGCGCUACUCCUUCCCACAACGCUCACCGGAUUCACGCUUGCCGAUAACGUCUAGACUACCGCAGCACGCCGAAAGUUCGGCCUCGUCAAAAGCUUGAGCCUUCGAGACAUUCGAGUAUCCACUUGGGUUUCCGUGGUCCUUGCGCCUGCCUCUAGCUCGCCUCUGCACGAAUUCUGGACCGAGGAGCUGUCGAAUUCCUAAAUCGGACUGUUUCUGCCGGCGUUCCCUUCACUCGGGAACUACUUCUUAGACACCGCGCUGCUUCGAACGCUACAUGCCAACCGCUCCCUCCCACGCCCACGCCAGCCAAACCAUCGACACAUCUCUAAGCGCGAUCCUUGCCUCGCAUAUGGAUGGUAGACAGUCUGUUCAUUCACAGUCAGGCUUGAGCUCACCAUACGACGCGCCAGAACAACAACCUGCCGUGCAUUACCAGCCCGGGCAAGACUUCAAGCCGAAUUACUCAGCGUCUGCAACGCCCGAGUCAGGCUAUCAUCCUCAGUCGGCGCGAUCGGGCAGCUUUCCUGAAUACGUUCAGCAGCCGCAACGCUUUCCUGCAGGCACACAGGCCAGCAACAUGGCGCAAACGUCAAAUCCUUCAAUCGCUCAGUCGAGCCCGACUUAUCCUCCACCACACAACUACUCGCCCUACCCUCCACAACAUGAGAUGCCGCAAUAUAGCGCUCAGCCCAUGACAUCCUAUGGCCGCCCAGAAUGGGCUGGACAAUACCCACAACAGAUGGGCUAUCACUCGCCUGCGACGACAGGUGGAGCCGCGCCCAACAUGGUCGCUCAUGCGAUCCCGAGGCCACCGGCGGGUGGACAUCCGUUGUCAACGGUUUACUCUUUCGUGCCCAUCCCAGGCGCACAGCAGCACAAGCGACCUCGAAGACGCUAUGAGGAAAUCGAGCGCAUGUACAAGUGUGGUUGGAAUGGUUGUGAGAAGGCGUAUGGUACACUCAAUCACCUGAACGCCCAUGUGACCAUGCAGUCGCACGGCACAAAACGAACACCAGAAGAGUUCAAAGAGAUCCGCAAAGAAUGGAAAGCGAAGAAAAAGGAGGAGGAGAAUUCGCGCAAGGCCGAGGAGGAGCGCCAGCGUCAAGAAGCUCAACGAUCCGGUCAGGACACAUCUCAGCCUCAAGGACAACCAGGCCAGUACGGUCAGCCGCACAUGAUGGCACCGUCGAUGGGUGGACCUCAGCUUCCUCCAAUUGGCUACCAACCUGCCAGCGGCCAGCCAGGUCAGUACGCUCAGCCGCAGCAGGUUGACGGCGCACAACAAUACGGUUACGGCGCGCAAGGAUAUCCUCAAAGCCCAUACGGACAAGGCGGCAUGCCAUACCAACAGCAGCAAUAGUGAGCGCGGCGCACGCAUUCCGCCCGCACCACGAAGUCAACAUGACACCAUCAAUGUGCCGGACAUUCGUAUGAAGCACGAAGAAGAGGGAUGGAGUUCUUGCGGUGUACAUUACUUGCAUUUGCAUGAUCCAAGGCGUGCCUACGACCACGGCUCCGGCCGUCUAAUGAACAGCG